UCUCUCGGAUGCAGUGAGUGAUCAAAAUCGCUGCUGUGUGACUGGCAAAGAGAGGAAACAGAAUAGGAAAGUAUCCUAAGGUAGCGUUUAUUGUAGUCUUGUUGGGACAGUCAACAUUUCUUGCGAGCCAAGUACGUUUUUCUCCGUCGGUGAACAAAUGCAUAGUGUUACUUCCUUUUUGUUUAUUUUUCGGUAAGUGUACAACGUAACUAAAGAGGCGAUUGUUAGUCAGCUAGCUAGCUAGCUUGCAGCCAUAGUGGUCUGUGGGUGCUAGCUAGCUAGCUAGAUUUUCAAGACCGCUAGCUAGCAAGCUAACGUUAACCAGUUACGAGUUUGCUUUGUCGCGACCAUCCUCCUCAGUACGGUUUGCGGUUAGUAAUAACGCGAGCUGAUUUACCUCUGUUCUUUAAAGGCCGGAGUGGGUUUUGGGAAACGUUUCGAGCCGUCUAGCCAAGUUGAAUUUCCCAGUGGCUAAUAAUAUCGAGUUGUAUGCUUACUUUAGCGAGCUAACUUAGCUGUCGCUAGCUACCUAGCUAGUGACGCUGUCGGCGUUUGCUUUGUAGAAAGUUGUUUGGUUCAUUUGUGAGGUAAAGGAGAUAUCGUUCCGAACAGUUGUAUAGGUCACCGCAUAUUUGAAGCGCAGUUACAGAGUUUUUGCUAUUAAACAGCAGUUUGAACAAACGCAGGGAGAAGGCGCAUAACAAAACUUCAGCUGUUGAGAUAAUCUGAGUCAGAGCCCAACCUUGACCUCCAACAGCAGUCAUGGAAAAGGAUGUCUGCAUGGAGGAAAAGGAGAAUGUUGAUGGUCCACCGGAUUUGGUCAAGGAGUCCGAUACUGGGCCAUCCCCUUACAGAUACACCAAGGAAGAGCUGCUGGAAAUAAAGGAAUUCCCAGUUUCCAAUGAAAGACCAGAGUGUCUGUCAGAUAAGUAUGACAGUGAUGGAGUGUGGGACCCUGAGAAAUGGCACGCCUCACUCUAUCCCUCUUCAGAGCGUGACUCCCCCACGGACGGCCACAGGAAGGAUUUCACAGAUGAAAGGGUGCUCCUUAAGCGCAGAAUUGCUGACCCUCGGGAGCGUUUGAAGGAGGAUGAACUAGAGGUGGUGCUGAGUCCACAGCGACGCAGCUUUGGAGGCGGUUGCCAGGGCAAUGCAGCACUUGCCGUCAAUGUACGGCGACCUGUCAGCCCACUGGAGAACAAGGAGAAUGAGAGCCUAAGGCUGGUGGGCUCCCGCCGCAUCGGCAGCGGCCGCAUCAUGGCUGCUCGCACCUUUGAGCGAGACCUGCGCACAGAGCGAGAUCUACGCCCUGACAAGGAGCGGGAGAGAGACUACAAAGACAAGAGGUUCAGGAGAGACUUUGGGGACAAACGUGUGUUCAGUGAGAGGAGAAGGAACGACUCGUAUGCUGAGGAAGAGCCAGAGUGGUUCUCUGGUGGCCCCACCAGUCAGUCGGAAACCAUUGAGCUUAUCGGCUUUGAUGACAAAAUCCUAGAGGAAGACAAACGCAGACCAAAGCGCUCUAGAAAGAAGAGUGACACCAUAAAGGAAGGUGAGUCUGAAGCAAUGGGGGGACUGUCUGAGGAACCGGAGGUGGCACGGGAAUCAGGAGCUGAUCAGGAGGUUCCACGUUCUGCGGUCCUUCCAGAUCAGACUGCGGGAGAGUUUGACUUCAACGAGUUCUUCAACCUGGAGAAGACCAUGCCUGGCCUUGCCUCGAUGAUCGAGGAUGUCCUGGGUGAGGGUCCGGUGUCAGCCAGCCGCUUCAGUCGCUGGUUCAACACUAAUAUGAGCCCGUCAGGCUCCCGCUCCAGCAGUCUGCGCUCUACCCCACAUGAGGAACUGGAGAGACUCGCAGGGCUGGACCCACGCUGCAGCUCUCCAACUCAAGGAGCGGCGCCAUACUUCACCCCCAUCGCCUCAGGGGACAGCCGUGAAAAAGUCGACAUCUUGGAGCUGCUGCACAAGGCCAAGAUUGACCUGAAGCCCCUCCUCUCCACCCUGUCUGUCAACAAGGCGCGUCUCCGGGAGAGCACAGGCUCCGGUGUGGUGCUCUCCCUGGAGGAGGUGGAAGGGGGUCUGAAGGGCCUCAAGGUGGAGUCGGAGCAGGCGCAGGCUCAGGCCCAGGCCCAGGCCCAGGCUCCCAGGGGUGGCUGUGGUACCCCCUUCAUGGCUGAACAGCUGGAGCACUCGUUCACUGGUGGUCCGCCCCGAGUCACCCGCUCCCGGGACUCCGACAUGUCCGCAUUCAACAAGCUGGUCAGCAGCAUGAAGGCAAGUGGCACCCUGCCCACCCAACCCAACCUCCAGCAGCAGGCAGAGCCCACCGUGAUGCAGCUGCCUGAAGCCCAGGUCCCGACAGCACAGCAGAACAACAUCUUCCAGGAAUUGAUGGGUGUCCAUGGAGCCACACACCCUCGAAGCAGCUCCCCCAACUUGCUCCACAGCCUGCUGGGGAACCAUGAGGGACACAAUGCCCCAACUGGGGCCCCUGCAAUGGUCCACCGGAGGGGCCCCUCUCCGCCACUCUUUCCCCAGAGAUCCCAGAUGCCGGACUACUACAUACAUCCAACAACUGGUUACCCCAUUGGCCCUCAGCCCAUAAUGGCAGAACGCCUGGCAGAGAUGCAUCGUUCCCUGAGCCCUCUGCACUCUCAACAGAUGCGAGGACUACCAAUGGGAAUGGACUUGCCUGACUUGGUGUUUCAGCAGGAUCUGGCCAUUUCUGGACGUUACCCUUACCAGCAUGGUUACAUCAAGCAGAGCCAUGAUAACAAGCUGGCCUACCGUAACAGACAACCCAGACUGAACCGAUCACCAGGUCCCCACCCCACAGACAGGAGCUCCCCUGCCAACACGGUCACAAGCAUGCUGUCUCCCUCCUUCACACCUACAUCAGUGAUCCGUAAAAUGUAUGAGACCAAGGAGAAGACCCGAGAUGAAUCUACGAGCCGACCUGGCAGCAAAGAAGAUGCAGUCAAUUUGCUAGAUGGCAGCGCCUCCCCCAGCCCUGGCCUGGAUGGUGGAGAGAGUGGCUGUCCUCAGGGAGGGCCAGUGAAGUCGUGCUCCACUCCCGUCUCCUCUUCCUCCCAGCAUCCCCGCUCUUCUUCCCAGCGGCCUGUUGGCGGCACUUCCUCCGGGCACCACACACCGACGCUGGUGUCCCCGGGAGGAUCCUCUUCCAACUUCCCCCGCCCCAUUUAUCCUGUGCCACUGCUCUCCCACGUGCCUCUGGUGCGGCCUCCCCCUCCUCAGCUCCAUCCCAGCGUGGUCCAGAGGAUGCUGGCCCAGGGCAUCCAGCCUCAGCAGCUGGGCCCCACACUACUACAAGCAGGCAUCUAUCCCCAGGCAGUGGAUCUGUCUCAACUUCAGGGUUUACCCCCGGCCCUGCUAGGUCAACCCCUGUACCCACUGGGUCCCACAGGGCACCCUUUACUUGCACCCCGCGCUGGCGCUCAUAUCCAGCUUGCAGUCUUACAGCAGCAGCAGCAUCUCCAGCAGCAGCAGCAGCAGCAGCAGCAGCAGCAACAGCAGCAGAGAGCAUCUCUGUACCCAGGGUCCCAGGGAGUCCCUCAGUCCCACAGCCACAGCUCCAGUCGGAUGAACCAAACCCAGAGGCGGGGGGAAAGCCCUCCCCCGUGCCUGGCGAAAUGGUUCGGGUCUGAUGUGCUGCAGCAGCCCCUGCCCUCCAUGCCGUCAAAAGUGAUCAGUGUAGAUGAGUUGGAGUUCCGGCCGUGAGAUGGGAGGGGUGAUGACACGUUGGCACCCCAUCCCCUCGUUCCUGCCGGUGUGAGGAGUGUGGAAGUGGAUGUGCGGACUGCAGAGUGCCGUCCGAGAGCCGCGCUCGUUCUUAAACCCCUGGAAGUCUGUGAGCGUUGACAAAAAAAAAAGGCCUAAAAUGAGUGAGCAGAAAAGGGAAAGACGGGUCAUGGACACAUGUUUUUCUCCACAUCUUGUCCUUGUUUUGAGUAACGUAGUUAAAGAAUUUUCUUUUGUAUGUUUUGGCUUUCAGUUCUCUGCAGUAUAUGAAGUAAAUAAUGUAUAGGCCAGAAUUGUACAUACCAGUGGGAAUGGUGGUUCUUUUUUGUUUUCUUUUUCCUUUCGUGGGGGUGGGAGGGGGGGGGGGGGCUCUCCCUGUACAUACUUGACCCCUGAGCCAUGGGGAAGGUGAAUGUGCUGGAUCCUAAAGGUGAAUUGGGACUCCUGGAGAAAGGUGUGCCCCUGUAGUCCUGUCCUAGUAGUGGUGCUGUCCCUAUUACCCUCAUCCCUCCCCUCAUUAUUUGCCCCUCCCCUGAACUAUGCUGAGAGGCAGCACUGCUGGGAGCCCACUGGAGGGGUGAGACUUGGCCUGUGUGAUGCCAGUGGAUGUUGGAGGCAGUGCGAAUUUUCAGAUAGGCACAGUCUCUCCCUCAGGACGGGGACUCGGGGGUCAAGAAGCCGCUUCUCCCUGUUCUGACUGUUGGUUGUGCCUUUCAAUCUGUUUUGGGGUGUGGGCCCUUUUCCCCUCCUGUUUGUUCUUUUUCUUCUUUUUUUUUUCCCCCCCCACUUCCCUGUUUCUUCCCUCCCCUCAACUACCCUUGGUCCCUGGAGGUGAAGGCACUGCUCGGAAUCAUGGCAUCAUUUGUUUUAGGGUGGUAGGGGUUGGUUCAACUUAAAGGCAAUGUGCGGUUAAUUUAAAAGGAAGCACAAGUAGAGUUAAUUAAUUGGGGGGGGGAAAUGAAAUGAAUAAAUAAAUGACUUCACAACAA